AUGAAAUAUGCACAAUUAGUGAUGGGCCCUGCUGGCAGUGGCAAGUCUACAUACUGUACAGUCAUGCAUAACCACUGUCAAAAUAUAGGCCGUUAUGUACAAGUGGUUAACCUCGACCCUGCAGCUGAAGCGUUCAGCUAUCCCGCAGUAGCCGAUGUCCGUGCGUUGAUAAGCGUUGACGAUGUAAUGGAGGAUAAAGAACUGGCACUUGGUCCAAAUGGUGCUCUCGUUUUCUGUAUGGAAUAUCUUGUUCAAAAUCUGGAUUGGUUACAUGAAGCGUUAGCCGAAGGCGAAGAUGACUACUACAUCUUCGACUGUCCAGGACAAAUUGAAUUAUAUAGUCAUUUGCCGAUCAUGCGGCAACUUGUUGAUGCCUUUAGGGCUUGGGAUUUCAAUGUGUGCUCCGUAUUUCUGAUUGACACUCAUUUCGUGCUUGAGGCUGAAAAGUUCAUUGCUGGGGCUCUUACGGCUCUAUCUGCUAUGGUGGCAAUUGAAACGCCAUGUGUGAAUGUGCUCACGAAAAUGGAUCUACUCUCAGAAAGGAAUAAAGCACUGGUAGACGACUUUUUGGAAACGGAUACAAGGAGUAUAGUAGAACAUGAUACGCCACACAUGUGGAAUGAACGCCAUCGUCAGUUGACUAGAACUAUUGCACAGGUGCUUGAAGACUACUCCAUAGUCAAGUUUGUAUCGUUAAAUUGUGACGAUGAAGAAAGUAUAGAGCAGUUGCUACUUGUAAUUGACACUACAAUCCAGUAUGGCGAAGAUUUGGAAGUGAAGGACAGAUACCCUGAAGAGCAAGAUCCUGAAGACGCGAGCUAUGCAUAG